CUUUCCGCUUACUUCCUCCCCCCCCAAAACCCUGUAUUGCCCAAUUCGCACCAUGGAAGCCAUCUACGACAAGUACCCCUCCCUGCGCAAGUUCGAGGAUGACAGCUACAAGGAGUCUCACGACGGCAGAGAGAUCGCCCUGCUCAAGUACAUCUACGACCACCCCUCCCUCCCACAGGCCCGAAACUCCCCGUCCACCGUCCUCAGUCUGAUGGACGAGUUCGCCGCCAAGCAAGACUUCCUGAUCAACAUCGGCGCCGACAAGGCAGGUAAACUACAGAAGCUCAUCGGGGAAGAGAAGCCCACCGUGGUUGUGGAGCUGGGCGGCUACGUCGGAUACUCUGCCAUCCUGUUCGCCGAUGCCUUGCGACAGGCCACCCCAGAAACGACGGAUCUCCGCGUGUGGAGUCUCGAGGCGGAUCCGCUGAUGGCUUCGAUUGCCAUGAACUUCGUGGAGCUGGCGGGGCUGAGUGAGAUUGUGAAGGUCGUCGUCGGGCCCGCGGCUGACUCGCUCACACGGCUCAAUGCGGAGGGAAAGCUCUCUGAUGUUGACUUUCUUUUCCUUGACCACGUCGAGGAGCUUUACCUGGAUGAUUUGCAGGUGGCGGAGGAGCUGGGUUUGCUUCAUCCUCGGGCUUUGGUUGUUGCGGACAAUGUGGUGCGUCCGGGUGCGCCCGCCUACCGGGAAUAUGUGCGUGGGAGCUCCAAGUAUGAAAGCUGGGGGCUGAAGGCUUUGAUUGUACCUGGGGAUUGUGAGGAUGAGCUCGAAAUCUCCCGUGUCAAUUAAACAUCAUCUCAACGUCUGGUUGAACAACGGCAUGAGAACCUACAGGUAUAUAGAGAUAUAUAGAUCAGAACACAUCCCAGAACAACUCAAUAUAUUAAACCAAUCUCU